AUGUCAUCGAGCUCACGACUUUACUACGCGCCAGUAUGCCGCGCAGUACAACACUCCAUUCGACCACUUUCCCAGACCGACACGCUUCCGUCAACACCGCAGGACGGAGAAAACAGCAGCACCGCGGCCGCUGCCGGCGAUGCCGAGCCGAAGCCCACGAGGCGACGACGGCCGACGCGGUUUGCGGACGUGUUGAAUGCGGGGCCGUCGUUUGACGAUUUUUUGCGCCAGGGGGCUACGAAGGAUGAUGUUGUUACGCCUGAUCAGCUUCGGAAGAAGGAGAUUGUUAGAUUGCCGACGUGGUUGAAGACUGAUAUACCGAUGGGGACGAAUUACUCAAAGAUCAAGGAAGAUCUACGGGGCCUUAAUCUGCACACUGUCUGCGAGGAAGCCAGGUGUCCGAAUAUUGGCGAAUGCUGGGGCGGCAGCGACAAGACGCAGGCGACGGCGACCGUGAUGCUGAUGGGCGACACCUGCACGCGAGGCUGCCGCUUCUGUAGCGUGAAAACGAACCGGAACCCACCUCCGCUGGAUCCUCACGAGCCCGAGAACACGGCUGCUGCGAUUGCACAGUGGGGUCUCGGAUACGUUGUGCUGACGACUGUUGACCGCGACGAUCUGGCUGAUGGCGGCGCACGCCAUUUCGCAGAGACGGUGAUCAAGAUUAAGCAAAAGGCACCGCAUAUCUUGGUCGAGGCGCUCACGGGCGAUUUCCAGGGUGAUUUGGAUAUGGUUGAGAUCAUGGCGACGUCGGGAUUGGAUGUGUAUGCGCACAACGUCGAGACGGUCGAGGAGUUGACGCCUUACGUGCGCGAUCGCCGCGCGACGUUCAGACAGAGUCUCGCGGUUCUUGAGAAGGCGAAGCAGAGCAAGGAAGGAUUGAUCACAAAGUCGAGUAUCAUGCUCGGCCUUGGUGAGACGGACGAGCAGCUCGAGGCCACGCUGGUCGAGCUGAGAAAGGUUGGCGUCGACGUCGUCACUUUUGGACAAUACAUGCGCCCCACAAAACGGCACAUGAAGGUUGUCGAAUAUAUCACCCCCGAGGCCUUUGAGAAAUGGCGUGUGCGAGCACUCGAGCUAGGAUUCCUCUACUGCGCCAGUGGUCCACUGGUUCGGUCGUCUUACAAAGCCGGCGAGGCCUUUAUCGAGAACGUGCUGCGCAAGCGGCAAAAACCUGCUGACGCCGCGGCGAUUCUCGAGGAUGUGAGCCCGACGAUUGAUAGCCGUGUGUAA